UCAACCUUUAACCCUCUAUAAACAGGUGAGGUCAGAGGUUCCUAAGAUUAGAAGUGGGCUGCUAGCUGCUUAGACCUGCCCUGUUCACCUGUGUGUACAUUCAACACAGAUCAGAACAACAUAGCCGUGUCUGGUACAGAAUGAAGACCCUUUUACUGUUCGUUGCUGCACUAGUCGUGUACUUAUUGUUUGGCGUUCCUGAGUUGCCUCUAGAUUCGGUCAAAGGCUUCGUAAAAUGUCUUCCGGUCGCUGCUCUGGGCGUCUUUGUACAGGUGGAGCAGAAGUGUGGAUCCACUUACGCGCGCCUCCUAGCGGUCGGCUUGUUUACCUCAGCUCUCGGUGACUACUGCAUGUACUGGCACCACUCACCAGAAUGGUUCUUGUAUGGUGUCAUUGUGUUCUCCGUCACCCAUCUUCUCUACUCCUUCUCGUUCGGUCUGAGACACCUGACGAUCGACCCCCUGGCGUACGUCACCAUGGUGAUAGCCUGUGUGUCCUAUGGGUACCUCCUCCCGGGGUUGAAGGGCGUGCAGACGACAGUAGUGGCAAUCUACGUUGUGCUGAUCUCCUCCAUGACGCUGUCAGCCGCCGCACGGUUACGUCAGGCCGCCACGUUACCUCGUCUGUCGGCGUGCGCAGGCGCCGUUCUGUUCGCCAUUUCUGACUUUAUCCUGGCCGUGGACAAGUUCCGCACCCCCCUCCCCUACCCCCGGGUCUCCAACAUGGCCACGUACUUCACCGCACAGCUUCUUAUAGCACUGUCCGUCAUGGAAAAUCGGGUGGACCUGAGGAAGAAAAAAGAGUAAAAAAAAACUAGAAUAAGAAAUCUUUUCAUUUAUUUAUAUGACCGAUGUAAAGCAAAAGCCUGCAAUUCCAAGAACAUUUCACGUGUUGUAUUUGUCUCAACCAUGUUAAAAGCAGUUUGGUACCAGUACUUCAUCAUUUGCGUAUAAAUUUUAUUCUGUAUUCACCUUUUUUUUGUAGUUUAUAUUUGAUCAUACAAAAGUCACUGUACUUUUUGUCGUGCCAAUAAAGCUUGCUGUUAAA